CCGGAAUGGCGAUUCCUAAAUAGAAAACUACAGGCGAAGCCCUCAGAACAUGGCGGAGAUUAAAAUGUCAACCAAGCCGAUGAUCUGUCGUCUACCCUAAAUUCUCUAUAUGAACCCAAAUCCAGGAGAAGGAGAAGGAGAAGGCCCCUUCCCUCCCUACAAUCUUCUCUUUCUCUCUCUCUCUCUCUCUCUUUCUGUCUAACGGCGGCGAUAUGGCUGUAAGCGGUGCCGAUGAUGAGGAUCAUCUGGUGGUUAGUUUUGGAGAGAUGCUGAUCGACUUCGUUCCGACGGUUUCAGGUGUAUCAUUGGCAGAGGCGCCGGGAUUCAUCAAGGCUCCGGGCGGCGCUCCGGCGAACGUCUCCAUCGCGGUUUCCCGUCUUGGAGGGCGCGCGGCCUUCAUGGGUAAGCUCGGCGACGAUGAGUUCGGCCGCAUGCUCGCCGCCAUCCUUCGCGACAACGGGGUGUCCGACUCCGGCGUCACAUUCGACGGUGGAGCCCGCACCGCCCUCGCUUUCGUCACCCUCCGAUCUGACGGCGACCGCGAGUUCAUGUUUUACCGAAACCCUAGCGCCGAUAUGCUUCUCACCCCCGAUGAACUCGAUCUAAAUCUUCUCCGCAGGGCAAAAGUGUUCCACUAUGGAUCUAUAAGUCUUAUAACAGAUCCAUGCAGAUCAGCUCAUUUAAAGGCCCUGGAGGUGGCUAAGGAGACUGGAUCACUUCUCUCUUAUGACCCAAAUCUCAGGCUGCCAUUGUGGCCCUCUGCGGCUGAAGCUAAGGAGCAAAUCUUGAGCAUCUGGGACCAGGCUGAUAUCAUUAAGAUCAGCGACGUCGAGCUCGAGUUCUUGACCGGCCAGGCUUCCGUGGAAGACGAAGCGGUCUUGAGCCUUUGGCAUCCGGGACUGAAGCUUCUGCUGGUCACUCUUGGUGAGAAGGGGUGCAAAUACUACACCAAGGAUUUUCGAGGGACCGUUAAUGCGUUUAGUGUGAAGCAAGUCGAUACCACCGGCGCCGGCGACGCGUUUGUCGGUGCCCUACUCAGCAAAGUAGUUCAGGAUAUGUCUGUAUUGCAGGAUGAGAAAAAAUUAAGGGAAGUGCUGAGAUUUGCAAAUGCUUGUGGAGCAAUCACCACCACCAAGAAAGGUGCAAUUCCUGCGCUGCCAAACCUUUCAGAAGCUCUGGCAUUCUUAGAAAAGCAAUAGAAGAGUUGCCCCUCCUUUUUUUACAUUUCUAUCAUUAUUUCUUUUGCAUUGUUUUAAUUUUUGUAUUCCAGAGAGAGUGAUAUGACACUUUACUUUGAUGUAGUAAUAAUUAAUGAUUGCUUUUUAUGCAAAUUGCAUGCAGUUGCACCCCCCACAAUUGAUGUAAUUUGUAUGAUCUAUUGGGCUUUAAUAAUAAAUUCCUUGCAAACUCCAUGCAAUUCCAUGCAAUUCAGCUUCAACUUGUGAAGGAUGAAGA